GGAAGAGCUUUGUGAAGGUGCAUGGUGAGGUUCCACAGUGGCAGCAACAGCCCUUCAGACUGGACCCCCUUCAUUCAUUGGCUGUCUUGUGACUGCAAACACGACCAGCUGUGUGGGAACCGGUGGGGAUUAAUCCUGUUGUUGAACCUGAUCAUACCUGGAGCUAGUCCUCCUGUUUCACUCCAAGACGCGCCUUUGCGUCAGCAACAGCUGUCCUGAGGUCUCACCCCGGCUGCCACGGGGGCAGAAGUUCGCGCACACUCGAGGCACCAAAGGAUUACUCUAUUGUCGCUAAUAUUUCCCCCCCAAGUUUGGAAGAUUCCGUGAAAAUACUCAUUGCGCAAGCCUUCCUCAAGCGCCCUCUAGGGAAACCCCAGUGUGGUGGUAUCCUUUCGAGAUGCAAAGAUGGCAACCCUGCUCCCUCCCCACGGUACUGACUUCUUCCGCCCCUUCACCAGAGAAUCACUGGUGGAGAUUGAGAGGCUCGAAGCGGAAAGCAAAAAGCUAGUCAAAGUAGAGGAGGAGAAUGAAGCAGCAGCCCCACACCCUGAUCUGGAGGCUGGCAAAAAUUUGCCCAUGAUAUUUGGUGAUCCUCCCCCAGAGCUGCUCAACACGCCACUGGAGGACUUGGAUCCCUUCUAUAAAGCACAGAAAACAUUCAUUGUAAUCAGCAAAGGAAACACCAUCUACAGGUUCAACGCUGAACCGGCAUGUUACAUUCUGAGUCCCUUUAGCCUGGUCCGGAGAGGAGCCAUCAAAAUUCUCAUCCAUCCAUUGUUUAGCAUGUUCAUCAUGAUUACAAUUCUAUCAAAUUGUGUCAUGAUGACUAUGAGUAAUCCACCGGCAUGGAGCAAAACCAUUGAGUAUGUGUUUACCGGUAUUUAUACCGUUGAAGCAACAAUCAAAGUGUUGUCCAGAGGUUUCCUUGUUGGGUCUUUUACAUUCCUACGAGAUCCAUGGAAUUGGCUGGAUUUCAUGGUGAUCAGCAUGGCUUACAUCACUGAGUUUGUUGACCUUGGCAACAUAUCAGCCCUCAGAACCUUUCGGGUACUUCGAGCCCUGAAAACAAUAACUGUGAUACCUGGUUUGAAGACGAUUGUUGCUGCUUUAAUCCAGUCGGUGAAGAAAAUGGUGGAUGUCAUGGUCCUCACCGUUUUCGCCCUGGCGGUUUUUGCUCUUGUUGGCCUUCAGCUGUUCAUGGGGAACCUGCGUCAGAAAUGUGUGCGGUGGCCCAUCCUGACAAACGAAACCACAUCAGAGUUUUUAAACUCCUCAUCAACAUUCAACCACACAGUGGACUUCAACAACAUCACGGCCAACAAUAACAGUGUUUACUCUAACAGCACUUUCAAUUUCAUGGAAUAUAUUGAAAAUAUAGAAAAUUACUAUUAUUUGGACGGCAGCAAAGAUGCUCUGCUAUGUGGUAACAGCUCUGAUGCUGGAAAGUGUCCUGAUGGAUUCACAUGCAUGAAGGCAGGCAGGAACCCCAACUUUGGUUACACAAGCUUUGACUCUUUUGGCUGGGCCUUCCUUGCUCUCUUCCGACUCAUGACCCAGGACUACUGGGAGAACCUUUUCCAGCUGAUCUUGCGGGCAGCUGGAAGGACAUACAUGCUGUUCUUUGUGGCAAUUAUCUUUCUGGGUUCUUUCUACCUUAUCAAUCUCAUCCUGGCUGUGGUUGCCAUGGCUUACGAAGAACAGAAUCAAGCAACUCAGAGAGAAGCAAUUGAGAAGGAGGAAGAGUUUCAACGUUUGUUGGAGCAACUUAAAAACCAAGAAAAAGCUAAUGCUCUUGGAAGUCAAGGGACUCUCACCAGCGGGAAGUCGCUUAGCCACUGCACAAAAUCUGAGGAUGAACAUAGUUUCAAAGAUGGAGAAACAGUCAAGGACUGCAAUGGCAGACUUGUUCCCCACCUGAUAAUCAGAGCUCCCACCAUGACUGAGGUGAGCCCGUCUGCAGCAGAUUAUGAACAGAAGGCGAAGUCUUUAGAGUCUGUGCACACCAUGCUUCACGUGGAUCAAGGUCUGACACAGAGAUCCUCCAGUGCCACGACUGUGCUGACCACAAUGGAAGAGUUGGAGGAGGCUCAGAGGCCUCGCCCGCCAUGCUGGUACAGGUUUGCAGACAUGUUUCUGAAGUGGAAUUGUUGCAUGUCCUGGGUUGUCUUCAAAAAAUGGGUACACUUUGUGGUUAUGGACCCCUUUGUUGACCUGGCUAUUACCAUCUGCAUUGUCCUCAACACCCUCUUCAUGGCGAUGGAGCACUAUCCUAUGACUGCAGAGUUUGAUCACAUGCUCUCUGUGGGCAACCUGGUUUUUACUGGAAUUUUCACUGCAGAAAUGUUUUUCAAGCUUAUUGCAAUGGAUCCCUAUUACUACUUUCAAGUCGGCUGGAAUAUUUUUGACAGCAUCAUUGUCACUCUAAGUCUGGUGGAAUUGGGACUUGCAAAUGUCCAGGGUCUGUCCGUGCUCAGGUCUUUUCGUUUGCUACGUGUCUUUAAACUGGCAAAGUCGUGGCCAACACUCAACAUGCUAAUCAAGAUCAUUGGUAACUCAGUCGGAGCUUUGGGAAACCUGACUUUGGUUCUGGCCAUCAUCGUCUUCAUUUUUGCUGUUGUUGGCAUGCAGCUCUUUGGAAAGAGUUACAAGGAAUGUGUGUGCAAGAUCUCGUCGGACUGCGAGCUGCCACGUUGGCACAUGAAUGACUUCUUCCACUCAUUCCUCAUUGUGUUCCGCAUCCUGUGCGGGGAAUGGAUCGAGACCAUGUGGGACUGUAUGGAAGUGGCCGGGACGGCGAUGUGUUUAAUUGUCUUCAUGAUGGUGAUGGUAAUUGGAAAUCUAGUGGUGUUGAAUCUCUUCUUAGCCUUGCUGCUGAGCUCAUUCAGCGGCGACAACCUCGCACCGGGGGACGAAGAUGGAGAGAUGAACAACCUGCAGAUUGCCAUAAGCAGGCUCACACGGGGCACUGAUUGGCUGAAAGCAUUCGCCAUCCGAAAAGUCCUGCAGAUGAUUGGCAGGAAGCCUAAGAAAGCUGAUAUUAGUUGUGUGGAUGACGUCAGCUCAAGAACGGAAGCAAUUGAAAUUAACCAUUUUAACACCUGUCAGCCUUUAACAGCUGCAGAAAAGACGCCAGAAUGUACGGCUGAAAGCCGGCCCCUCACGUUUUUUCUGGAUGGAAAUCUUCACCUGAAUGUGCCUAUUGCCGAACAGGAAUCGGAUUUUGAAAAUCUGAGCGUGGAUGAUGAAGAAGACGAUGAAGAGGAUUGUGACUCCUCAGAUGUUGCAGAAAAAGGAAAUAGUCAACACAAUUCAAUAAACCUGGGAGAUGAAACCAGCAUCCUAGAAAAAACUCAACUAAAGGAGGCUUUGGAUGAGGAUGGUUCUUCAGUGUGCAGUACGGUGGACUAUCAACCACCUGAGCCUGAACCAGAGGUAAUAGAGGAGGAAGAGCCAGAAUUGGAGGAACCGGAGGCCUGCUUCACUGACAAGUGUGUGAGCAGGUGGCCGUGUUUGACUGUGGAUGUCACUAAGGGCAAAGGGAAGAAAUGGUGGAACCUCAGGAAAACUUGCUUUACAAUAGUGGAACAUGACUGGUUUGAAACCUUCAUUGUCUUUAUGAUCCUCCUCAGCAGUGGAGCUCUGGCCUUUGAAGACGUCCACAUAGAAAGACGCCGGACCAUCAAAACCAUUCUAGAGUUUGCUGACAAGGUCUUCACUUACAUCUUUGUUAUUGAGAUGCUCCUCAAAUGGGUUGCAUACGGAUUCAAGACCUACUUCACCAAUGCUUGGUGUUGGCUCGAUUUUUUUAUUGUAGAUAUUUCUCUGGUUAGUUUGGUGGCGAGUUGGCUUGGAUACUCUGACCUUGGACCAAUCAAAUCUCUCAGGACUCUGAGGGCACUAAGGCCUCUACGUGCUCUGUCGAGAUUUGAAGGGAUGAGGGUGGUGGUGAACGCCCUUGUUGGAGCAAUUCCCUCCAUCUUCAAUGUGAUGCUGGUGUGUCUCAUUUUUUGGCUCAUCUUCAGCAUCAUGGGAGUUAAUCUUUUUGCUGGGAAGUUCUACCGUUGCAUCAACACCACCACAGAUGCGAUUUUUACUCUUGCUGAGGUCAACAAUCACAGUGAGUGUGACGCCCUCAACGAAGACACACAGGAGGCUCGCUGGGUGAAUGUCAAAAUCAACUUUGACAAUGUUGGAAAAGGUUACCUGUCCCUGCUUCAAGUGGCAACUUUUAAGGGUUGGAUGGACAUCAUGUAUGCUGCUGUGGACUCGAGAGAGAUUGAGGAGCAACCUUCCUAUGAAAUCAACCUCUACAUGUACAUGUAUUUUGUCAUCUUCAUCAUCUUUGGUUCUUUCUUCACCUUAAACCUCUUCAUUGGUGUCAUUAUUGAUAACUUUAACCAACAGAAGAGAAAGUUUGGAGACCAAGACAUCUUCAUGACCGAAGAUCAGAAAAGAUACCAAGAAGUCAUGAGAAAACUUGGUUCCAAGAAGCCACAGAAGCCGAUUCCUCGGCCAACAAACUUCCUUCAGGGCAUGGUGUUUGACCUGAUCAGCCAGCAGUUCUUUGACAUCUUCAUCAUGGUCCUCAUUUGUCUCAAUAUGGUGACCAUGAUGGUGGAGACAGAUGACCAAAGCGCAGAGAUGGAGGAUUUCCUCUUCAAACUAAAUGUAGCUUUCAUUGUCGUCUUCACUGGAGAGUGCUUGUUGAAGCUAUUUGCACUACGACAUUACUUUUUCACCAAUGGCUGGAACGUCUUUGACUUCAUAGUGGUCAUCUUAUCAAUCGCUGGGACAAUGCUUUCAGAUUUAAUUGAGAAGUACUUUGUGUCACCAACUUUAUUCAGAGUGAUCAGACUGGCCAGGAUUGGAAGGAUUUUGCGGCUCAUUAAAGGAGCAAAGGGUAUUCGGACUCUUCUCUUUGCGCUUAUGAUGUCACUUCCUGCCCUGUUCAAUAUUGGUCUCCUCCUCUUCCUCAUCAUGUUCAUCUUUUCCAUAUUUGCCAUGUCAAACUUUGCUUAUGUCAAAAAGGAGGCUGGUAUCGAUGACAUAUUUAAUUUUGAAACGUUUGGAGGUAGCAUCAUCUGCUUGUUUCAGAUCACUACCUCAGCAGGAUGGGAUGGCCUUUUACUUCCAAUAUUGAACAGAGAGCCUCCUGACUGCGAUCCAGACUUUGAGAAUCCUGGCACAGAUGUAAAGGGUAACUGUGGCAACCCAGGCAUGGGUAUGAUGUUCUUCUGUAGCUAUAUUAUCAUCUCCUUCUUAGUUGUGGUCAACAUGUAUAUUGCAAUUAUUCUGGAGAACUUUAAUGUGGCACAAGAGGAGAGUGGUGACCCGCUAUGUGAGGAGGACUUCGAGAUGUUCAAUGAGACCUGGGAGAAGUUUGACUUGGAUGGAACUAUGUUCAUCAACUACUGCCAGCUCUCGGACUUCUGUGAUGCCCUUCAAGAGCCAUUGCGGGUUGCCAAACCAAACCGGCUCCACCUAAUUGAAAUGGAUCUUCCUUUGGUUAUUGGAGACAGACUUCACUUUGUGGAUGUUUUGAUGGCUGUUACUCAGAUGGUAUUGGGAGACACGGUGGAAAUGGCAGCAAUGCGGGAGAGCAUCCAGGUUAAAUUCGCUAUGAGCAACCCGUCAAAAGACUCCUUUGCACCAAUCACCACAACAGUGCGCCACAAAGAAGAGCACACAGCUGCUAUAAUCAUUCAGCAGGCAUACCGCAAACAUCUCCUGAAGCGUUGCAUUCACCGUGCUGCUGUUUUGCACCGUUUAAAGAGAAUGGGCAAGCAGGAUGAAGGUGAAGAUCCACUAGAAAAAGGACUGCUUGAAAAACAGCUAGGGAUUCUCUAUGGGAGUAGUCAAGACCUUGCUGAGGAAGUGGAGCAAGUUGCAACUGGUGGAUACACACUUGAGCCAGAAAAGAUGGUUGUCCCUGUGGAAAUUGUUAAAGACAUGUUGCUGCAUUCUUCCCCCAACCAGAAUCGCCGAACCUCACAGUAAAACCUGAGAAAAUCAGAUGUAUUGUAAACUUCAUAGAUAGUUCAAAUUUAUUUCCUUCAACAAAAGGAAAAAAAAACGAAUUAGUCUGGUUAAAAUCUUGUCCUCAAAUAUCCAAAAAGGAAAGAAUAAAACUUGAAAACCAUCUUUCACUGAUCUAAAGGUUUUUAAGCUGUCAUACUUUAUAAGUCUUAGAUUUGAAUUAGAGCUGAGUUUUUUCAGUCUCUGAGGGCAAGAUAUAUAGAUAUAUAAACUAGGAAAAGAAUGUCUGUAUCAGAAUUUCAGGUGUGCAUCUCUGAUCUUUGUCGAGUGUUGAUUAAAAUGGUGUGUUAGCCUUUGUGGCAGACUGACAUGUUCAAAUGGACAGAAUUGCACAAUGUAUAUUGCCCUCAAAGAGAACAAUUGUACAAUUUUCUGUGUGGGCCACUUUACUCUUCUUUGAUGUGAUUUAUUCAUGUUUUUCACAGGUUUUGUCCAGAAAUUUUAGGUUUUGGUCUUCUUGAAGUUCUUGAAAACUUAAUAACCACUUUUUUUAAAAUAAUUUUUAGGUAUUGUCCACUAAAGCCUUGAGUAAACUAAGACUGAAACUAAAACCCUUUUUUUUCAAGAAUCACAUUAUAAUAAUAAUAAGUCUGUGUCAUUUUUAAGUUCCAAGUACUGUAUUUUCCUGAGUAUAAGUCACAUUGGAGUAUAAGUGGCAGUGGCAAAAGCACAAUAAAGAAAAAACAUAAGUAAGUCACUCCAGAGUAUAAGUCAGACUUUUUGGGAGAAAAAUGCAACGCUUCUGAAAAAAAUCCCCCAAGCCUGUCAGAAUUCUGAGUUCAUACCGUAUACGAUUUAUGCAUCAAAUUUACAUCUGCUGCCUAUUUUUCGACAAGCAUCAAAUUGCUGUCUGCUGCUCCGUCAAAUUCAAUGCUCAAUGCUUGUCCAAACAAGUGUUUAUAAACUAGAUGCUCCUCUCGCGUGUGGGAAAAGGUUUCAUCAAGAUUUUAGCCUCAUUGCUACAUGGAAACAUUGAAUGUAUAUCUCAUUUAAAAUAUAUUGAAGACAUGGAUGAGGUUGAGAGACCAGGUUUAUGGGGUAUAGAAUAAUCAGAUUUUCCUCCGUGUUUGUUUUGGACGGUGCUUCUUCUUCUGCGUUGCUGCUAUUAGUAUAUACUGAUACACACACCUACAGUGCCCCCUCUGGCGGUUGUUAGUGGGAGACAACCGCUAAAAAACAAUCUAUUGCUGGUGGAAAAAUAACAAAAAAUGAGCCAAUAUUUAGGUUAAAAAAAAUCACACAGAAGUGGCUCCUGAGUAGUAGUGGCAUCCCUGGCCAAACUAUAGAAAAAGCAUGACUUAUACUCAAAAGAAUAUCUUAAUAUUCUGCUACUUUCCUUCAAGUUAAACCAGUGUGAAAUGAGUUCCUGUUUUGGCUCCAUACAAUCUUGCUGUAUUGCUAUUUUCUUUUAAGCCAGCUCCACUUUUCCACCAAGCUAAAGUGAAAAUAACAGACAUAGCCUAUUAUAACUUGAUCAACAAUCUUGGACAUCACCCGUAGAAUACUAAAGGAACAAAUGAAGUCCAAGGUGGCUUCAGAGUUUAUUUUGAGCUUGAAUGAGAUGACCAUAGAUAUGUCUUAAAAAGUCCACCUAUCUGCAAACACAAAAGUACACCCUCAAUCCCAAAGGAAACAACAAGAGGAGGAUGUUCCUCCAUUCUAAAAUAUGAUAAAGUCCAAGAAAGUAAAAAAGUUAUCUGGUUUCAGGCUGGAACCAACUUUGCAGGUAUCAAAAUGUCUGAUUCAGAAGUUUGUUUGAAAUCAGAACCAGGGCAGAACUGUGCCCUUGUGGAAACCUUCUAGUUUAUGUCUCAUUACAUAAGAAUUAUAAGACAGUAAAAGUAUAUUACUGUCUUAAUAUUUAAUUGUCCCUUAGUUUUCAUAUAUUUAAAAAUAUCAUUUUGACAAUAUCUAAUUAAAUACAUACAUGUACAUGUUUUUAUUUUAAUAACAGCGUGGGCCUCGGACUUCGAUCUAGUUUAAAAUCUGUCCAUGUGUAUAAAGCUCUUAGUCUUAACAUCUAAUGUCUUACUUUCAAUAUCUUAUUUGUGCAGUUGACAUACACUUAGUAAAUCAGCACAUCAUAAAAAAAUUGUUUUAAUGGGGAAUUAAUAUUUGUCCAUGGUUGUAUUUUCUCUUGAUAUAUAGCUUCAAUGGGUGACAGGACUGCUGGCAGACCACAUUAACACCCAGGAUCUUUACUACAACAAACAUUAUGCUGUAUUGAUAUGUGUGGGUUUUGGAUUAUCAUGACAAAAAGCACUCACAGUGGAUUUCUGCAUUUUCACUUUUAAACUUGUUUGCUGUUCAUCAGAAAUAAACAGAUGUGUCUAACCCA